CAACCUCUUUGAUCGAUAUAGAUGAUGGGUCAAAGAAUACUAAUAAUAACGCUAUCAAUCAUGUUACACCACCUCAUAUGAACAUUAUCGAUCCAGUCAACGUCGAUCAAUUCGGUGUCGAAGAUAUUCGAUAUUUACCAAACAAACAAUUUGCACAUGUGGAUUUGAAAAAUGAAGUCGCAAUGAAAAAAGCUUUGAAACUUCAUGGCGAGACAAAGGUGCCAGAACAAGGAAAAUUGCGAGUAGAAGAAGGAAAACCUCGUAACGCUUCCACAG